AUGGGCCCACCUGCUGCUCCGUACACCACUACCAAUGCCUUAGAGCCAGGCGUCGCUUCACUUCAUCAUCAUGACGAGGCCCUUCACUCCUCCAGUGUUGAGGAUUGGAGAGGAGCGGAGGCAGUCGCCCUCGUUUCACGUCUGCUCACCAUGGCAACUCGCAUGCUGUCACGUGCACCCCUCGACACAGUGCUCAACACAUGCCAUGACAAGGUCACAGCAUCCAACGUCCCGUCAACCCUCCAUGGAGGACAACAAUCACCCUCGAGGAAGGGUGAUGAGGGUGGCACUGGUGUAAGUGAGCGACAACUUGUCAUCGACUCACUUCAGUUGGGUGGUGAGUGGUUGAGCGUGAGGUAUGGGAAGACCGCGACGGAGGGUUUGCAAUGCGAUCGCAAACGCGUCACACUUCGUGCUGAUAGGAUCGUAAAAGCAUAA